AUGGAGAGUCUACAGUUUCUCAACAGCUACCUCAUGAAACAGAUAAUGGAGCUCAGAGAACAGGUAGCUUCUCUCCAGUGCUCAAAGGACCACAUUGUUCUCUCCAAGAUGGAACAGGUAGAUGCAGAGAUGGAGAGGAUGAGUGCCGCCUUUGAGCAAUCCAUGGAAGAGCAUAUCGAUCGAACCAAAUUUGAAUCUGAGCUCUCCUUAAGCAUAGUCACUCUUGUCCUCUCUUCCCAGCUCUCAGAGCACGAGAAGAGUUCGAAGAAAUGCAACAAAGAGAGAGACCCACUGAUGCUGGACAAAGAGGAGCGCAAUCGAUUUGACAAUCGAGUUGUCUUCGAGAGAGAAAUCUAUAGACGAGCACUUCUAAAGCUAAAGAAGAGAAAAACCAAGAUCCUCGAGUUGAAGAAAGAGGUGGCUGAACUCAGGUCCACUGAGUCUCGUUUAAAGAAAUCGAUCCAAGAACUCAAGGCUAAAAAUGAAGGCAUCAAUUAUAUGAGAGCAAAUGCGGAGGCUAAGGUCAUAGAGUUGAAGAAACAGGUGGCUCAACCCUUCGUGAAACAGGUGGCUCAACUCUUGGUUACUGAGUAUCAUUUACAUAACACGAUGCAAGAACUCCAAGGAAAAAAUGAAGCCAUUGAUCACAUAAGGGCUAAGCAGGAGACUAUGACUGCUGAAAUGAAGAAAGAGGUGGUUAAACUUAGGGUGACCGAGUCUCAUUUGCAUAGUUCGAUUCAGGAACUCAAGAAAGAAAAUGAAUCGAUCAAUCAUACAAGGGUGAACCAGGAGGCUAAGAUGAGAGAGUUCAACAAAGAGGUUCUUCAACUUAAGGCCAUUGAAUCUGGGUUACAAAGUUCGCUGAAAGAGCCCGAGAGAAAAAAUAAAGUCAUGGACAGCACGAGGGCAAAGCACAGGGCAAAGAUUGGCAAGUUGGAGAAAGUGGUGGUUCAACUCAGGGCCUCCGAGUUUGAUUUGCAAAAGUCUUGCCAAGAUCUCAAAGAAGCUAAUUCCCAGCUGGAAGCUUACUUUACUGAUAAAAUUGUUGCAGAGAAUGAAGACUAUCAGAGAUCAUUUGAUAUGCAAAAGAGAAGAGAAGAAAACCUAAAAGGAGUUAUUAAGGAGAAGGAGAGGCUCAAUGCUGACAUGAAGCAGACGCUUAAUGCGACAUGUUGGGCGCGCAACGAACUGGAACAACAUUUAUAUCACGGAGAGGGAUACUUCAAGUUUCUAUCAGGAGUGAAGGCUUCUCUUCGGAAACGGCUUCAAUCUUCUCUCUCUCAUCAGAAACAACUUGAAUCUUCUCUCUCUCAAUCCUACUCCAAGAUUCAAGAACUUGAGAAACAAAAUGAAGAAAGUGAGAUGAUUACGGCUCAAUAUGUGAUAAAAGUAUCUAAUCUGGAGAUGUGCAAUGCGAAAAUGAAUCAGAAGAUCAAAGACAUGACUGAGAAUCACAACCAAAUGCUAAGAGAGAUGAAGGAGAGAGAAACAUACCAAAGGGCAAAUAUUGAAGAACUGCAGGAAGAGAUGCUUUGGCUCAUGUUCACAAAAUUUGAAAUACAAAAGUCAUUGGAGGAUAUUGAAGAGGAAUACUCUCAAAUGUGGAACAGGUUCAACCGAGUUGAAGAAGCGCUUAACCAGGAUAUACGUCAAAUGAGAAAGGUGGAAGCUUCAGCGCUGGAAAGUGCUGGUUCAGGCUAGGAGAAAGGUAACCAAGAAAUUGGGCUAAAUUUCAAGAAGAUUCAUGAUGAGCAAGUGAGACAAGAGAUGAAGUUAGAAACAAAUUUGGCAUUAAUGCAUGAGGAGAAACAGGUUCUCCUCUCGAAUUGAGAAUGGAAUUGGAAAAAAUCGGCAAGCAAGGUUUUGCUGCAGGGAUAUUGAAGAGGGGGUUUAUUCAGAGUUCGAAAGGCAAAAAGCAUAACAAUUGAGCUACAAGGAGAAGAAGAAGAGGGAAAAGAAGGCAGACAAUGCAUCUGCAUUUAUCGUGUACUAUGAUUAUGGGUGUUUUUGCAUAGGAAUCAGGAAUCAUCUAUACAACAGGGGAGGAAAUUUCACCCAAAAUUUUGCUCUUUUUAUUGAUAAAAGAUAUUUGAGCUGCAUCUCGCCUUAUUUUACUUGAAUGCUGGAAACCAAACCCCUCAUUUUGUAAUUCAUGGAAAGAAUGUGUUCCUGUUGAUUU